AUGAUAACAACCUGUUUCUAUAGAUCCUUCAUUUUGUUGUUUCUUAUACAUGAUAUUUGUACAAAACCACAUCUAGAUGCAGUGAGUCGACGUGAUACAGAACAUUUCGCUGAUGAUCCAGAUCGACAUGAUAUUGAAUUUGAUCAUAAUGCUUUUUUAGGCGAAGAGACUGCCAAAGAAUUUGCUCAACUUACACCGAAUGAAAGUGAAGAAAGAUUAAAAAUUAUCAUUCGAAAAAUUGAUAAAGAUAAUGAUGAAAGAAUUACGGAACUUGAAUUAAAAUCUUGGAUUGAAUAUGUAGCUAAGAAAUCUAAACAAAAUAGUACUGAUCGUCAAUGGAACGAUAUAAAUCCAACUAAUCAACCAUUAAUUAAAUGGACAGAAUAUCUUGAGAGAACGUACGGACCAGAAGAAGAACGACUAAAAGACACAGCUACAUCUGAAUCAUAUAAAGAAGCUGUGCAUCAUGAUCGACGACGAUGGGUUUCUGCUGACUUGGACAAAGAUGAUAGUUUAAACAAAGCAGAAUUCACUGAUUUUGUACAUCCUGAAGAUAGGCCAAAUAUGCGUGAUGCUGUUAUAGAUGAACUACUUGAAUCUGUGGGAUAA